GUGGGCUUUCCAUCCUUGCAGAUAGUCAAAAGCCAUCUGGACAUGAUCCUGGACAAUCAGCCCUAAGAAGGGCUUUAGCAGAGGGUUGGACAAGGUGGCCUCUGGAGGUCCCUUCCAACUGCAGUCAUUCUGUGGUUCUGUGAUUUUCUUUCCAUUUCCAGGACUGGUGUUUCAGGAAAUACUUGGGAAAAUCUAACUCUGCUCUGGCUUAAAAGGGCAGUCACAACACCGCUCACGUGCCGACUGUCUCUCCUAGCCGCCCACAGGUAGCAUCUUAGAAGACAAAAAACCCCCCAAGAGACUAUGUUCAGCUUCUUCCGAAAAAGUCAAGAUUCAAAGAAGGUUACAGUGCCUGAGAGAGAAGCAGAUGGAUUUGUUAUUGUUGGUGACACAGUUGAUGAUCAAAGUAGAGAGUCAAAGGAUAAAACUUCAUUUCCGGAGACCAGACCAACAUAUAACCAACCUCCACAGAGAUCGCAGUUGACUGUACCAAGUGCAGAGGUGGGAAAUCAAAGGAGUCAAAAUUUGGAAAGCAGCCCUUUCAUGUCAGACCUGCUGAGCGACGUACCCUUUGCCCUAGCACCACACGUGUUAGCAGUGCAGGGCACCCAGAGUGACGUUCCUGACCGAUUGCUCACCUACGACAUCAAUGAUAAUUUAUCAAGAUUUUGGUAUGACUUUACCCUUGAAAAUUCAGUGCUUUGUGAUCCAUAAUGUUUUCUUUAUUUUCUCUGCCUCUGUCGAGGAAUAAGUCUUAAAGGGAAGAUCAAGACUUAUUUGGAUCUACUCAAUAUUUUGGGGGCCUGCCACUGGUGUAUCAAAUGGAUUGUUAUUCACAACUGUGAUAUAUUUCUUAGCUUUAAAUGAUCUGUAACUUAAUAUGUUAAAUAUUCUAUUUAUCCUCAAAGAAAUCAAGCAGCUGUUUCAGCCUGAGUAGGAGACUGGCUAUUGAUAUCUACUUCCAAUAUGUAGGCUGCAGACACAAACAUUUCAUAACUUUAGAGGAAGGCUAGCACUGUUUUGUUACUUCACUCAGUUACCAAACACAUAGGUCCUGUUACAUGUGUUGAGAUCAGCUCUGAUUUUGUACAGAUAGAAACCAAUAUUAACGCUAAAGCAAUGCUGCUCUGCAGUACUGGACAGACAACUUUUCUGUGAAACUGAGUUUGAAAACUCAGAGUUAGUUAUGAGUCCUUAAAUAAUCUUGAAGACUUAAUAGGAUUAAACUUAAAAAUUAGUUAAAAUUGGUUAAACUUACCAAUUUUAAAAUGAAAAUCAGUUGCUUCCUUCCCUUUUCCAGUAGAUGGUAUUUUGUCCGUCUCAUUUUGUGCCUGCCUGGAGAAGUCCUCCCCGCCUGCCUGUUGGCUGCUGUUUGUUCUCAUUACCACAUGUGUUCCUGAUUUAUAUACAGAUCAGCUUUUCCAUUUUAACCUCUUUGCCCCCUGAAGAAGGAAAUCUCAGGACACGUACUUUUAAUGGUCACACCCUUCUUUUUUUAAUUUGUGUGCCAGAGAUACAGAUGGCAAUGUUUAACAACAGGAAAACAUUACAUUGUUUCUUAUCCAACUAAAUUAAACUGCUAAGUACCUAAACAUGCAUUCUCACAGACCACUGUGUCCCUGCUCACAAGCUUUGAGCAUGUUUUUCCUGACUAACACCAGAGUUGCUGUUUCACGAGCAACAGCUCUCUGAUGUAACGUCACAGUUUGUGAUGAAGAAUGAUCUGUGGCACACAAAAGACUACACUGGUUUUCUCUCUUGGGGUGCAAUAUUUAUAUUGUGCCAAAUGUUAGUGGAUAUUUUCUUAUAUUUUCUAUGCUCUGUGGUAGCUUAAAAUACAUAUAUUUUCAGACUUGCAUCCUCUUACAGUAUUUGAGAUAAGUACUGUAAAUGGUGAAGAAAUUAUAUUGUGAAUAUGUCUGAGGUUGUUAAAUAUUCAUGGUUUAGAUUUUUUUUGAUGUAUGUAUUUAAUAUUUUUGACAGCUGUGUUCUUAAAUGUUUUGAAGAUAUUGUUUUAGGGAGCGUAUCUGUGCUGUACUACAAUAAAAAGAUGCUAAAAAAUAGUGAGUUAUUUUUUAUGUGUGAGAGUUACCAUGUGGUUUCAUCUGUAUUGUUUACUACAGGCAUGACCAUUCAGCUUUCAUGGGAACUUGAAAAUUCUUGAAAAUCUUUUCAGUGUCAUUUAAAAAUUGGGGUCCUUCUAAUAAAUUAUAUCACACUUUCAUCUGGUGGAUUCUGUGUGCUGUGCUGGUGACUUGUGAUGGCUUAGGAGGUGUCCCUGAUACUGCUUUGGGAAUAGUGUGGCUGGGAGCUGGGAAGUACUAAGGCCUCUUAGAAGGAACAAUUAAUUUACAAAGUUGUUCAGAACUGUCUUGUGUGCUGAAUUUUCUAGUUAAUGCAUACCUGAAGCACUAAUUUUAAUUUUAAUUAUUAUUUUAUAUCUAAUAGUUAAAAAAUGGCUUGUUCUGCAAAUAGUAUGUUUCCAUUCAAAUUAUCUAUUUUGAAUCUGAAAUGUUUAUGCAGCUCAGCUAGUCUUGAAGCAGAAUUGUAAAGCACUGUUGAAGACCAAACAAACUCACAAUACUUGUUCUUUCUUUGCUAGCUGACUUGGCAUUCAUUUUUUUGCCUAAAGUUAGAUGAUUUAUCUAAAUAAUUACAACUUGUCAGAUUUGAGCUCCGUUAAACUCACAAGUACCCCUUCAAAAGAAAAAGAGAGACAAAGGAGAGUAGGGAGGAGGUUGUAUUCAGCAGGAGGAGAAAUGUGGGUGGUAGAUUAAAACUUGGCCUUCACCCUUAAUCAUCUUCCAUAAAGGGUAAGAGUAGCAAGGGUACUAGUAAUGGCCAAGGGUACUGGGAAUGUGUCUUUAGCAAGAGCUGAGGCUCAAACACCUCUCUUGCCUGAGAUCAUCCCUAAAAGUCAAUUGAAGUCUUAUUGCAUCCAGACAGUGAAGGUGAAUUUCUUCCCACUUGGACAAGAAAAAGAAUACAUUUAAACUGUUAUAAAUUAGUAAGAUUUAUGACUACUACUAUUUGUCCACUAAUAACAUGAAGAUGACACAAAAUCUUCAAAACAUUAAAGAUUUCGAAGAGUCUCAGUUCACAAAAGAUGUGAAUUGCUUAUGUAGGAUAUGUUUGACAUCAUACGCUGAUUAUUGCACAGCAUAUGUGUGAAUAUAUGUGUAUCUGUCACUACCAACAAAUACUGGAUGGUUCUAUGUAUUGUUCUUCAAACCUUUGACAACGGAUGAAGGAAUAUAGUUAAUUUUAAAAAAAUAAUUUAAAACUAUUAAUAAAAUC